AUGUGCGAUCAUAAAAUUUGCCAAAUAUGUGGUGAUAAAGCAAUUGGCCGGAAUUUCUUUGCCAUUACCUGCGAGUCGUGUAAAGCAUUCUUCCGGAGAACUGCCCUCAAGAAUAAGCCAUUAGAGUGUCCAUCAGAUGGGAAAUGUAUGAUAACAUCGAAAACGAGACAAUUGUGCAAAAAAUGUAGACUUGAAAAGUGUUUUACAGUGGGAAUGAAGAAAGAACUGAUCCGAAGUCACGAAGAAAAUAAACUAAGAUAUCUUGAGGUCAUUGAAAAUAAACGCAAACAACAAAUGAUUCAAAACACAGAUUCUCUGGAUUCCAGCGAUUCUACCAAUUCUUGUGUUUCACUGACUACUCAAACAGUCAAUGAGAAUGACUUUAUAACUGAAUUGAUUGAAAGUACCCUGAAUAUUAGUGAUGAUCAACUCAGUGAACAGAUAAUGGACAUUGAAAUGACAAUUAAUACUCUAAAAAACUUUCAAACAUAUGAUGAGGUCGUAUUAAAGUGUCAACAAAUGUCUGUCAGCCCCGUAUUUAGAGUGAUACCCGAUUAUGAGGGCUGGAAGGAACUGGAGUUCAAACGGAUAUCUGAACUCUUAGGUAUAACUGGAUAUUCAAAUUUAUGUUUUACCGAUCAAUUGGCCCUGAUCAAGUAUGGUGGUGUGGAAUUGCUGGCUAUGCACUAUUUAAUGUGCUACGAUUGUGAGACAGACAAUUUCAAGCUGAAUGUGGAUGAUGAGACCUCAGUUUUGGUUGAUAUUUAUCAGUUUGAAAUUAAAAGUGCCCCGAAUGACUUGCUAGUUAAAGUGUGGCCUGAAUUGGAAAGUGAUCCCGUUAUUAGAAACUUGUUUAUAUCUUGA